CGCGGCUCCCGCCCGUACUACGUGUGUUCCGGCUGGAGUGCAGGUGUUCGCUGCUGUGGAUUGGGUCCGCGAUUGUCGGAUCUGGAGUGCGGAGGCUCCCCGCGGCCUCCCGGACGUCACCAUGCCUAAAGUUCCAAAGGGAAAAAGUACAGUGCGGGAAAAAAAAGUCAUCCAUCCAUAUAGUAGAAAAGCAGCUCAGAUUACGAGAGAGGCCCACAAACAGGAAAAAAAAGAAAAGUUGAAGAAUGAAAAGGCCUUACGUCUCAAUCUUAUUGGUGAAAAACUGCAGUGGUUUCAGAAUCAUCUGGAUCCAAAAAAAUCGGGGUAUUCAAAGAAAGAUGCUUGUAAAUUAGUUGAAAGGUAUUUAAAUAGAUUUAGCAGUGAGCUGGAGCAGAUCGAGUUACAUAACAGCAUCAAAGACAGGCAGGGACGGCGGCACUUCUCCCGGGAAGCAGUUAUCAAGCAGACGAUGGAGCGUGAGCGACAGCAGUUUGAAGGAUAUGGCCUUGAGAUCCCAGACAUUUUAAAUGCAAACAAUCUGAAAACUUUUAGGGAAUGGGAUUUUGAUCUGAAGAAAUUGCCAAACAUUAAAAUGAGAAAGCUCUGUGCUAAUGAUGCAGUUCCUAAGAAGGGCAAGAGGAAAACUAUUUUAACUAUAGACAAAAAUUUAGACGAAUUGGAACUAAAAGGUGAAUCAGAUGACUCAGAUGAAGAAAUGACUCCAGUAGCUUGAUUGUCUUUACUUGAGUUGAAAAUAAUUUGAGAGCUUCAAGUCACACUCAUUAAUUUUGGUAAAUAAUUAUCUAGACAUAAGAAUUUGCUAUUUACUUCAUUUUCCUGUAUAAUGAGAGUCCCAUUUGUAGUUUUAAAAAAUGUUAUGAUUUUUAUUUGAAAAUGAAGGUUGCUUUUCAUUUAUAUUAAGUUGCUAAAAUAGAUAUAAGUUGUAUUAGUCUGUUUUCAGUUGCUAUAAUAAAAUACCCAAGGCUAGGUAGGUUGCUUAUUAAGAAAAGACAUUUCUUUAGCUCAUGGUUUUGGAGGGUGAAAGUCCAAAGGAAUGGCCCUGGCAAGGGCCUCUGGCGAUAUCACUUCAUAGUGAAUGACAUCACAAUCCAUGCAGGAGGGUGGUGAGACAGGACACCAGAGAAUUGGAAGGCUAGUAAUGACUUCUCACUAGGCCCACCUGUUAAAGGUACCACCACCUCUUAACAUUGCUACGCUAGGCACCAAGCUGCCUGUACAUGAGCUCUUGAGGGACAAAUACCAGAAGUGAUCUUUUAAAGACAUUUAAUCUGAACUUUGUGCAAAGGAAAAGUAAUAUGUGUGAGGACAAAAUGUGUUUUCAGUUUUUUCCUUAUGUGGAAAAUAUGUAGGAAAAAUUUGCCUAAUCUCCCAAAUGGGGUGAAUGGACAAUAACCUGUUUUCUAAGAGAUUCCUGUGGACAUUUCUUAAAUUGUGAUAAUAAUGAACUUGUAUUAAACUGAUUUCUCUCUUAAACAUUAAACCUAAUUUCUUUCCUUAUAAAAUGGGGAAGAAUUUGGUUGUGAAUUCAUAUUCAUCAAUAGAUUAUGCAUUAUCAUUUAUUUUUUCCUGAGCCAGAGGUAAAGGUUAGAAACAGAAGUAAUCGGUCUCUGUGGUUAUGUUGAUCCCCACACUUAUAUAUGUUAUCUUCUGAUAGAAUAAAUGAUUUAGGCUUGCUCCUUUUGAUUAUAUAUAUUUUUUCUACUUUCUCAUUGUGAAAAGUGAUAAGUUUCUAAAAGGUUAAAUUGACAUACAACAAUAUUUCAAGUGUCAUGAAAAACAUUGAUGUAUUAGAAUUUUGUUAGAGAAUGUAAGCACAAGU